CCAAAUCCCAUGUGGACCCCACUCAUUGCCAUCCGUUGGUUGACUUGCUAACAUCGAUGAUUGAAAGAUCUGGACCAUCCAUACACUUGGAUGAACUUAAAACAUUGAUAGGAAAAUUUUCAAUGGCUCAAAUUCAUUGAAAGAUCAAUUGUAAGAUCAUCAGUGAAGCAUGAUUAUUGGACCAGAAGCUUCAACAUGAACGGUUCCGAUCAUCUGACAAUCUCAGAAUGUGGGCCCCAAUGGAGUGCGACAGACGCUGGCAAUAUCAGUCACGACCGGCCCUAGAGUAAAAAUUCAAAAGGCAGAACGACGUCAAACCCAGAAAUUCAUAUUAAGGGGCCGGAGAAAUCGAUUCGGGUGUUUCCGUUCAUUCCGUGCGUAGGUUAAGGCCAUCCCACCACGUGCACACGUUAGCAUGGACCGAGCUUUCCCCAAAUCCCUUCCCCCUCUCCGCACGGAAAUCAGCGUUCCCGUUUCGGUCGCCGGGGAAGAUCCCUUUUCUUGCCCUCCGAUGAAAACAGGGAUCGGACCUUCCGUUUCUUCAAUGAAUUCCCUGAAAAUUCUGCAAACAUUUUCUUUUUACUUAUUUUUUGAAAUUUCUCGCAAUUACUUAAAAUCUUGCUAAUAUCCAUUUUUUUUUUCGCAUUUUAGGGCCAUUUUUAAAAAAAAGAAAUUUCUUUCCAUGAAAUUAUCCGUCCUCGAUUCACGGAAAUUACCGUCAUUCAGCCAUGAAAUCCGCUUGGAAGCCACUGCGACGUAUCGUCCGGCAGUGGGAAGUUCUGACGCCUAGCCGGAAAUACAUCCUUCUCGCCGGCGUAGUGCGGGGGCCGCCGGAGUCGGUUGAUAAUCCGAUAACUGGGCUGCUGUCGGCGGAAAUUCCCAGCUGCCGGGAUCUGACGACGGUGCCGAAGGGCUACGUGGCGGUGUACGUGGGCCCGGAGAUGCGGCGGUUCGUAAUUCCCGUGAGUUACCUUUGCUCGCCCCAUUUUAGGGCUUUGAUGGAGAGGGCCGCGGACGAAUUCGGGUUCGAGCAGGAAGGGGGUCUGAGGAUUCCCUGCGAAGAGGAAACCUUUGAAGAGCUUCUUAGGGUUUUGGGUAAAGGCUCAUGGAAGUUCGAAAAAGAGAGUGGAAGGAUUCUCUAAGAUCUGAAGGUAUUGUUUCAUCACAGCCGUUCGAUUGGCAUAUCACCCACUGAUUAGAUCGUGGGGCCCAUUUUGGACGGAACAUAUCCUCAAAUGGGAAAUGAUCAUUACCAUACGUCCUAGCCGAGUGGGUCCCACCUGAUGUUGAGAACCACCCGAACCGUUCAUUUGAUGUCCCUCAAUAUUCGGCUUUG